AUGUAUACUAUAACAAAAGCAUUUGUCCUAUGUAUCAUUGUAGCUAUCUCGUAUGUGGCAACAAUUCAUGUGGGAGUACCAGAACACAUUAAGGGUAUAGAAAGAAACAACCCGGAUGUCAUUCAUCAUCGCAUUGUGAGAAUCACUACACUCUGUAGUAUACUUAUUUUGGUGCUACCAAUGAUGUUGACAUACAUGGGCGGCUAUCCCAGCUAUAUUUCUGUGAUAUGGUCGUUUGGGCUCGUACCGGGAAUGACGUUAAGCGGCCAUCUUGCAACCGAUAUUGUGAACAUUUUUCGUAGUAUCAAGUUGAUUCUGAUACUCUAUAUGGGACCCAUCCUAGACUACCCCUGGGAGAUCCAAUUUGACGCAUCUAUCGCCCAACAGGACUUCUACGAUUGCUUCUACCUGAUAUGGGGUGUCCGUGACCACAUAUUUGCCCCCAUAACAGAGGAAUUGAUCUACAGAUCCGUCCUCCUAACACUUUUACAGCCAUUCGAGUCCAUAUCCGAUCUUCAAAAGAUUCUCCUCACGCCGUUAUUCUUUGGUGUUGCUCAUGUCCAUCACGGCUACGACCUAUACAAGAACAGGAAUGUGGACUUUUCAACCGCCGCCCUUACUGUGGUAGUCCAGGUGAUGUAUACCACGGUAUUUGGCGUGCUAUCGAACUAUCUCUUCUUGGAGACUGGUAACAAUUUAUGGUGCCCCAUAGUUGUGCAUUGCAUUUGUAAUUUGAUGGGCUUUCCAAAUUUAUCGGUUGAUAGACCUUUAUUCUGGACUAUCACUUAUUAUUUACUUCUUAUAGUUGGCAUAUGUGGCUUUAUCAAGCUAUUAUGA